CCAUCUGCUCCUGACUCAUUCGCCGGCUCGCAGCGGCGCAGGCCCUUCUCUGCUCCAUCUCCUCUCAGCGCGGGCACCGCUGCCCUCUGCUGCGCCCUGCGCCUGCCUGCCUAACCUUGCGCCGGCGCUGCGUCGCGCUCCGAGCUCAGCAUGGCGUCCUUCCUCUCGCAGGCCUCGUCGUACUUUGGGCGCACGCACAUCGCCUCGACGUACACCAUCGACGAUGCUGUGCCAGCCGUGCAUGCGGGGCUGUGGAAGAUCCAGCGCGCCUCGCGCAAGGCAUCGGCGGCGCCUGCAGCUGCGGCCGGCGCCGGCGCCUCGGGCUCAGCAGCAGCCAGCGCUAGCAGCAAUGGCAGCGGCAGGGACGUGGUCAGCGUGUGGAGCCAUGCGUUCACGGCGAGAGGACAGGAGCGUGUUGCUGUGGCCGAGAUGCUGAAGAAGGAGGCCGCCUCUCUGACACGGCUACGGCAUCCCUGCGUGCUCGAGACCGUUGAGCCCCUGGAGGAGACGCGCUCCGAGCUCAUCUUCGCCACGGAGCCGGUGCUUGCUCCACUCUCAGCUGCGCUGCUCUCGGGAGAGAGCGCGGGUCGCGCCGCAGACGGCGUGCAGCUCGAUGAGGUGGAGAUACAGAAGGGCGUGCUGCAGGUGGCGAGGGCGCUCGAGUUCCUGCAUACUGCGAAGAUGGUGCAUGGCAACCUCAACACCGAUGCGGUGCUCAUCAAUGCCAAGGGCGAUUGGAAGCUCGCAGGCUUCUCCUUUCUCACGCCACUCGCUGGCGCCAACAGUGCUGCUCCUGCAUGGUCGCUCGACUACGACCCCUCCCUGCCGCCGCAGCUGAGCCGCGACUUCAACUACGUGGCGCCCGAGUACGCGCUCGACGAGCGCCUCGAGCCGGCCAACGACAUGUAUUCGCUGGGCUGCCUGGUGUUCGCGAUCCACUCGCGCGGCAGCCCGCCGUUCCGGAACCGCAACGCCAUCACGAACAUCCGCGCCAACGCCGAGGAGCUCGGCACCAAGCUCGGCGACCCGGCGUGGGCGCGGCUCGGCAAGGACGUGCUAGAACUGCUCAGCACGCUGCUCACGCGCUUUCCCGGCGCGCGGCCCUCGGCGGCAGAGUUUCAGAACAGCCAGUACUUCAACAACGUGCUGGUGCGGACGCUCAAGUUCAUGGAGCGCGACAACUUUGCCGGGCGCACAAAGGAGGAGCGCGUGCAGUUCCUCAAGGGCCUGCUCAAGAUCAUGGACCAGUUCUCGCACCGGCUGCAGCACCGCAAGGUGCUGCCUGCGCUGCUCGAGCUGAUGAACGACCGCACGCUCCUGCCCUUCAUCCUGCCGAACGUCUUCGUCAUCAGCCAGAACCUGAGCUCGAUCGAGUUCACCAGCAACGUGCUGCCGCGUCUCAAGCCGCUCUUCAGCGUGCAGGACCCGCCGCAGAACCAACUCAUCCUGCUCGACCAGAUUGAGCUGUUCGUGACCAAGACGACGCCGCCGAUCUUCCGCGAGGAGGUGACGCCGCUGCUGUACUCUGCGCUCGAGGCCGAGCAGGUCAUGGUGCAGGAGCGCGCGCUGCAGACCGUGCCGCGCCUGUGCGAGAUCCUCGAGUUCUCGCACGUCAAGGAGGUGCUGUUCCCGAACAUCGCAAAGCUGUUCAGCAAGACCAAGGUGCUCUCCUGCAAGAUCAGCACGCUCAUGUGCUUCCACUCGAUGAUCGGCGUGCUCGACAAGUUCACGCUCACGGAGAAGCUGGUGCCAAUCCUUGCGCGCGUCAAGACGCGCGAGCCGUCGGUGAUGAUUGCCAUCCUGGCCGUGCACGAGGCGAUGGCGAAGAAGGUCGACCGCGAGACGCUCGCCGUGGCCAUCAUCCCGCAGCUCUGGGCGAUGUCGAUGGGCGCACAGCUCACCGCGGAUCAGUUUCAGCGCUUCAUGAAGACGGUGCGCGAGAUGGGCGAGCGAGUCGAGAAGGAGCACAUGCUACAUCUGCGCGAGCAGCGCAACAUGCAGGAGCACACGGAGAGCUACGUCGGCGCCGGCGCCAAUGGCCGCGCGGCUGGAGGCGGCAGCCUUGGUGGUGGCGUGACGGGUAUCGGCUCGAGCGGCGAGAUUGACUUUGCCACGCUCGUCGGCGGCGGCCCGACGUCUUCAGCAGCGCGCGCUGAGGUGCCGCGCGAUGCCGCUGCCACGAGUGCGGAUCCGUUUGGCUGGGACGACUUGGGGAGCACGUCGAACACGCCUGCAGCCGUCACGCCUGCCCUCACCCCUUCGCAUACUGGCUCGCUCGGCCGGCCAGCUGCCGUCACUCCGGCCCUCACGCCCUCGCACACCGGCACACUCGGCCGGCCAGCCGCAACCAGUGCUGCACUUCCUGCCUUUGCUGCGCCACCCUUGGCCACGCGCUCGGCGCUGGCUCCUCCGCCGUCGUCUUCACCACGGCCAUCGCUGCAGGCCGCGUACAGCUCGAGCAGUCUCGGCGGCAGCAGCACCUCGGCGGCACCGCCCGGGUGGGCCGGCAGCACGCUGGCGCCUGCGCCCCGCAACUCGCUACCUCCCGCCGCACCCGCCUCGACCAGCGGCCCGAACUACAACCUCAAUCUCGAGCCGGCCUCCGGCUUUGGCUCCACUGCACUUGCGCCCAGCAGCUUUGGCAGUCUGCCGCCGCUGCAGCCACAGACGUCCAGUCUGGGCUUCAGCUCCCUCGCGCCUGCUCCUGCGCCCGCGGCACCGCCAAAGGCGCCCGCGGCGCUCUCGGGCCCGCCGGGCUGGGGCGGCGCCGUGCUGCAGCCGACGGCGCGCGCCGGCAGCUCGGCGCCCAAGGCCGGCGCUGCUGGCAACAACGCCUGGGACGACUUCGACCCCUUGCGCUGAAUGAGACGCGCUGUCACCGGUCGAGUGGACGAGCGAGUCAUGAGACACGCUCUGUGUUGAUGGCAAGAGUCGUUGCAAAGGGGUGAAUAGGUACAGGUACAGUAAGGGGGGCGGGCAGCCGGUGCAGGCGCGGUGAAAGAGCGUGAGGGAGCAGAGAGCAGAGGCAGCAUGGGCGCUGGAGCACCUAAUCGAGCUUGUGCUGCUCGGCACGACGGCGGCCACGGCGACCGUAGUCGAUCUCCUCGCCGUCCGACUUGGAGGCCGAGGUGGCCGAGACGGGCGUGGCCGUCGACGAGCGGCUCGCGGCGCGACUGUGGCCGGCCUUCUCGUCGACGAGCGAGCGCGACG